CCUACGUAUCGACACAUCCGACAGGUGGACAGCAAGUCUGUUAUUAAGUCAUUUGAGACAUUUACAGCUAAAUAUGAUUAAAGCUAUUUUAAUAUUUAACAACCAUGGGAAACCACGACUCAUCAGAUUUUAUGAAUAUUUUGCUGAAGAUGUGCAGCAGCAGAUCAUUCGAGAGACUUUCCAUCUGGUGUCGAAGAGGGACGACAACGUCUGCAACUUCUUGGAGGGGGGAAGUUUGAUCGGUGGCUCGGACUACAAGUUGAUCUACCGGCACUACGCAACACUGUACUUUGUGUUCUGUGUGGACUCCUCUGAGAGUGAGCUUGGUAUUCUGGAUCUAAUACAGGUGUUCGUGGAAACUCUGGACAAAUGCUUUGAGAACGUCUGUGAACUGGACCUCAUUUUCCACAUGGAUAAGGUCCACUUCAUCCUCCAGGAGGUGGUGAUGGGGGGGAUGGUGCUGGAAACCAACAUGAAUGAGAUCGUUGGCCAGGUAGAGCUGCAGAACCGCAUGGAGAAAUCAGAGGGGGGCUUCUCUGCAGCGCCGGCGCGGGCUGUCUCCGCCGUCAAGAACAUCAACCUCCCAGAAAUGCCUCGCAACAUCAACAUCGGAGACAUCAAUAUCAAAGUGCCCAGCCUCUCUCCCUUCUGACCAGGGAGCGGAGCAGGGCCUAGGCCCAAACGGCACCCUAUUCCCCAUAUAGUGCACUACUUUAGACCAGAGCCCUAUUGCACCCUAUAUAGUGCACUACUUUAGACCAGAGCCCUAUGGCACCCUAUUCCCUAUAUAGUGCACUACUUUUAACCAGAGCCCUAUGGGGGCUUCUGCCCUUCUGGUCUAAAGUAGUGCACUACACUAUAUAUCAGUGCACCAUAAGAUGUGAGACACACUAUAUGACCUAUACAGUAUGUCUUCCUAUGGGCCCUGGUCAGAAAUAGUGCACUAUAUAGGGAAUAGGGUGUAUAGGUAGUGCACUAUAUAGGGUCUAUAGGUAGUGCGCUAUAUAGGGAAUAGGGUGUAUAGGUAGUGCACUAUAUAUGGAAUAGGGUGUAUACGUAGUGCACUAUAUAGGGAAUAGGGUGUAUAUGUAGUGCACUAUAUAUGGAAUAGGGUCUAUAGGUAGUGCACUAUAUAUGGAAUAGGGUGUUUCAGUAGUGCACUAUAUAUCGAAUAGGGUGUAUAUGUAGUGCACUAUAUAUGGAAUAGGGUCUAUAGGUAGUGCACUAUAUAUGGAAUAGGGUGUAUAGGUAGUGCACUAUAUAUGAAAUAGGGUGUAUAGGUAGUGCACUAUAUAGAUAAUAGGGUGUAUAGGUAGUGCACUAAAUAUGGAAUAGGGUGUAUAGGUAGUGCACUAUAUAGGGAAUAGGGUGUUUCGGUAGUGCACUAUAUUUGGAAUAGGGUGUAUACGUAGUGCACUAUAUAUGGAAUAGGGUGUAUACGUAGUGCACUAUAUAUGGAAUAGGGUGUAUACGUAGUGCACCAUAUAGGGAAUAGGGUGUAUAGGUAGUGCACUAUAUCGGGUCUAUAGGUAGUGCACUAUAUAGGGAAUAGGGUGUAUACGUAGUGCACUAUAUAUGGAAUAGGGUGUAUAGGUAGUGCACUAUAUAGGGAAUAGGGUGUAUAGGUAGUGCACUAUAUAUGGAAUAGGGUGUAUAGGUAGUGCACUAUAUAGGGUCUAUAGGUAGUGCACUAUAUAGGGUCUAUAGGUAGUGCACGAUAUAUGGAAUAGGGUGUUUAGGUAGUGCACUAUAUAGGGAAUAGGGUGUUUAGGUAGUGCACUUCUAUAGACCAGAGCCCUAUGGCACCCUAUAUAGUGCACUACUUUAGACCAGAGCCCUAUGGCACCCUAUUCCCUAUAUAGUGCACUACUUUUAACCAGAGCCCUAUGGGGGCUUCUGCCCUUCUGGUCUAAAGUAGUGCACUGCACUAUAUAUCAGUGCACUAUAAGAUGUGAGACACACUAUAUGACCUAUACAGUAUGUCUUCCUAUGGGCCCUGGUCAAAAAUAGUGCACUAUAUAGGGAAUAGGGUGUAUAGGUAGUGCACUAUAUAUGGAAUAGGGUGUAUAGGUAGUGCACUUCUAUAGACCAGAGCCCUAUGGCACCCUAUAUAGUGCACUACUUUAGACCAGAGCCCCUAUGGCACCCUAUUCCCUAUAUAGUGCACUACUUUUAACCAGAGCCCUAUGGGGGCUUCUGCCCUUCUGGUCUAAAGUAGUGCACUGCACUAUAUAUCAGUGCACUAUAAGAUGUGAGACACACUAUAUGACCUAUACAGUAUGUCUUCCUAUGGGCCCUGGUCAAAAAUAGUGCACUAAAUAGGGAAUAGGGUGUAUAGGUAGUGCACUAUAUAGGGUCUAUAGGUAGUGCACUAUAUAUGGAAUAGGGUGUUUAGGUAGUGCACUAUAUAGGGUGUAUAGGUAGUGCACUAUACAGGGUCUAUAGGUAGUGCACUAUAUAGGGAAUAGGGUGUAUAGGUAGUGCACUAUAUAGGGAAUAGGGUGUUUAGGUAGUGCACUAUAUAGGGAAUAGGGUGUUUAGGUAGUGCACUAUAUAUGGAAUAGGGUGUAUAGGUAGUGCACUAUAUAUGGAAUAGGGUGUAUAGGUAGUGCACUAUAUAGGGUGUAUAGGUAGUGCACUAUAUAGGGAAUAGGGUGUAUAGGUUGUGCACUAUAUAUGGAAUAGGGUGUAUAGGUAGUGCACUAUAUAGGGUCUAUAGGUAGUGCACUAUAUAGGGAAUAGGGUGUAUAGGUAGCGCACUAUAUAUGGAAUAGGGUGUAUAGGUAGUGCACUAUAUAUGGAAUAGGGUGUAUAGGUAGUGCACUAUAUAGGGUGUAUAGGUAGUGCACUAUAUAGGGAAUAGGGUGUAUAGGUAGUGCACUAUAUAUGGAUUAGGGUGUAUAGGUAGUGCACUAUAUAGGGUGUAUAGGUAGUGCAGAGCAGCGAGGGAGGAGGCUGACUGUAUGUUCGACAGGUUAAUUGUUACUGUGAUGUGUUAUUGAUGUGUGAAUCCUAGGGCUCCUCUCAAAAUGAUACAACUAAAUAAUACACUACU